ACUACCUUGCUCAGUACGUACCUUACUUGCUUAUCUAAUCAGCAAACUCGUUUCCAGCACCCAACAACUUCAAGCUUCAGUGUUGAUUCUACAGAGUACGUUCGGACUUCCAAUCCCACAUCACCUCUGCCAUAACCAACGAGCCGGCUCCACUUGAAAACCUUUCAGCAAACCGUCGCCGAAGCACUUCGUCUUGAUAUCCUCUCCUACCCUUCCAUUCAAGUGGACAUCCCGCCCGAUACUCACCUUCCAAUGGAGGCGAAAGAACUCCUCACCAAAGCGAGCGACCUCGCCUCCCGUAACAUCGACCUCUACGCCCUCGUCGGCCUCGACGAAAAUGACGACGCAACCGCCUCCCUAGACGCCAAGGCCGUCCACCGCGCAUGGCGCAAAGCCUCCCUAAAACACCACCCCGACAAAGCGGGCACGGCCUUCGACCCGGACAAAUGGGACCUCCUCGAGACGGCGCGCGACGUGCUCCUCGACACCUCGGCCCGCGGGGCCUACGACGCGGCGCGGCGCGCCCAGCGCCUCCGGGCCCAGGAGCGCUCCAAGGUAGAGGGCCACCGCAAGCGGCUCAUCGACGAGCUCGAGGCGGCGGAGAACGAGGCCAAGCGGCGGCGCGCCGAGGAACGAGAACGCGCCGCGCAGCUGGAGCGCGAGAAGGCGCGGCUUGCCGAGGAAGGUCGCCGGCGUAUGGUUGAGGAGGCGGAGCGGUUUAAGCGCGAGCAGCUGGAGCGCAUGGCCCGGGAGCAGGCGCGGGAGGAGGACAAGGACGAGGACGACGAUCGGUUGAGGGAACUGCAGGCUCUGCUUGACGAGGUUAGGAGGCGGAAGGCGGAGAAGAAGGCGAGGAGGAGGGCGGGGAAGGCGGGGUACUAUAAAAAUGGCGUUGGGGAGAGUGAGGAGUCGAAACGCGGGAGCGGGGAAGACGAGGCUAAGCAGCAGCAGCAGCAGCAGCAGCAGCCUACCACGGCUCCCGCUUCGGCGCCGGCUGGUCCCCCGAGAUGGGAGGAUCUGAAGGCUCGGAUGAUUGCUGUGCAGAGGAGACGAGAUGCUGAGAAGUUGGCGAAGCAACAGGCACAAGCACAGGCACAGGGGCAACAAGAACAGGCGCCAACCCAGGGCGAGGCACCCCCGCGAUCAACCCAGACACAACCUACAGAGGUGGAAAUGAAAGACGGGUAGCAAAAGGGGGCUUUGGGGGCGGCCAUUUUACGACAUGCGACUUGCAUGCCUCGAAUACGGAACGCAUCAAGAUGAUUUGGCAUGGGGAGCAAGCAUGGAAACUUCAUUUAGUAUAGAGUUCGCGAUACCCUUUUUCUCAUUUCCACGCUAGAUCAAUUCCAACAUGAUAAUAUACAGCUG